GGGAAAUAGACAGGAAGAGUCUUAUGACAAUUCUGGUUACAAAGGAAAAGGAAAAAUGCCCCCCUUUCCUAAUUGUCUCAAAAGUAAUCCUGCUUAGCCUCAGACUUUCCUAGUGCCAAGUUUGGCCCACUAGUUAAUUCACAUAGACUGGCUUCAGCUACUUUUUUCCUUACUCUCUACUAGGAGGGUGGGUGGAAUACCAAGAGUAGAGGGCCCUAAGAAAACAGAGAAGAGGAAUGUGAAAGUAAUAUCUGGGGGGGAGACAGAGACUGAAUUCAGAGAGUUGUCAGCUGGUAUGGCUGAAUGGACCCAAGAGGUGGCCUAAGGAUCUUAAGCCUCCAUGCAGAAUUUUCAUCACCUUUUCCCUCCCAAAAUCCAUAAAACGAAUUGAUUUCAAGAUCCGCACUGUGGAUAUAGAGGGGAAGAAGAUCAAACUACAAGUCUGGGACACGGCUGGCCAAGAGCGAUUCAAGACAAUAACUACUGCCUACUACCGUGGAGCCAUGGGCAUUAUCCUAGUAUACGACAUCACGGAUGAGAAGUCUUUCGAGAAUAUUCAGAACUGGAUGAAAAGCAUCAAGGAGAAUGCCUCGGCUGGGGUGGAACGCCUCUUGCUAGGGAACAAAUGUGACAUGGAGGCCAAGAGGAAGGUGCAGAAGGAGCAGGCCGAUAAGUUGGCUCGAGAGCACGGGAUCCGAUUUUUCGAAACUAGUGCUAAAUCCAGUAUGAAUGUGGAUGAGGCUUUUAGCUCCCUGGCCCGGGACAUCUUGCUCAAGUCAGGAGGCCGGAGAUCAGGAAACGGCAACAAGCCUCCCAGUACUGACCUGAAAACUUGCGACAAGAAGAACACCAACAAGUGCUCCCUGGGCUGAGGACCCUUUCUCGCCUCCCCCCCUGGAAGCUGAACCUGAGGGAGACAGGGCAAAGGGAGUGAGCAGGGGAGAAAUAGCAGAGGGGCUUGGAGGGACACAUAGGUAGAUGGUAAAGAGAAGGAGGAAUAAAAGGAGAAGAGAAAAGGGAAAAGCAGAAAGGAAAAGAAGGAAGAGAGAGGAGGGAGAAGGGAGAGGAAUGGAUUGAGGAAGUGAAAGAAGGUAAGGAGGUAGGAAGAGGGAGGAGGAAAGGGAGAUGGCCUCAGGCUUCAGACCUUACCUGGGUUUUCAGGGCAAACAUAAAUGUAAAUACACUGAUUUAUUCUGUUACUAGAUCAGGUUUUAGGGUCCUGCAAAGGGCUAGCUCGGCACUACACUAGCAGAUUUGCUCCUGUUCUGUCACUUUUCAUGGUCUUUAAUAAAGGCCAACUUUUUGCACAAA